AUGGAUCCUUUUACUCAGCGUAUGUUAGAAAGGGCGCGGGCUAGACAGGAGAAAAUUGACCAAAAGCUGGCAAAUUCUGGACAGGCUGUGCCAAAACGGAGGCCUUUAGCUGAGAACGUUGGAAUCGUUAAGCCUCAAUCUUCCCCAAAUAAGUCACCUAUUAAACCUUCAAGGGAAUCUGUAAUAUCGCCGAAAAAAUCAACCAGAGAUUCUUUAAAGAAUGAUAUACAGAGAAAAAGUAUACAAAAGCCUGAUCUUGUAGUUGCUUCGCCACUGAAACAUAACGACAUAGUGGUGACGAAAAAGGAGUUUAAAAGCCCUAACAGGGGAAGCUUAAACAGACGCAACUCUGAUGUAUCUGUAGAGAUUAACAUUUCACACAGAAAUGAUAUACAAAUAGAAGUGCAAGUUGAAGAAAGGGAGAUGCCUAUCAGUAUAGUCUAUGAUCCAAACUUAGAAAAAGGCAGUAGUGUAACUAUUAAAGAAAUUGAAGACGACACCUCUCGCGCAAUCGUGGAGAAGGAAGAAAGUCACACGGCGGACGCUAAGACUGAACGUCCUGCGUUACGCCAUAAUAUAAAAUCCCGACUGGACAGAUUAGGAAACCUGUAUUCUGAUGAACCUAAUCUAUCAUCGCCAAUACAUCGUACAGAAUUAGAAUUCAACUCCGCCACGCCGCCAUCAGUAUCAGAACCAUCGAAAGAGACGAAGCCAACGCACGAUGGCAAGAAAAAGUUCGGAAGACUUGCAGCCUUAGCAGACCAGAUCAAUAAUUGGGAGGAUGAUCUAUCGCAUCAUAACUUUAACCCGGAAGCUAAGAAACACCAACCGCAGCAAAGAAAACCCAAAGACGAAAAGCACGAGUCCUCCACUCUGGAUGUGUCGAUACACUCUAUCAAUGACAUAAAUAAAGCAUUACAACACACUGCUACUUCAAACCGGACUGCAAAACCUUACACCCCUCGCAUCUUCACAAAACCUGUGAACGAGUGCCAGCGCCUAGAAAAGAAAAUCGUUGCGGAAUUGGUGAGUCUUAGAUUUGUAAGAAUCUGA